GCACUUGAUAACUGUCUGUGAGGAGAGGAACUCAGAGUUGCUUCCUUUCAAUAAAUACUAAGAUCUUAAGAAAGAGAAAACAUGGUGGUUGAACACAAAGAAUUUGUCAAUGCUGGAAAAAAGACUGGACUUCAAAUAUGGAGAAUUGAGAAAAUGGAUCUUGCCCCAGUUCCAGAAAGCUUCUAUGGCAGUUUCUAUGUGGGUGAUGCAUAUGUUAUUCUCAAUACAAUUGACAGGGGGCUCUAUAAAAUUUACCAUCUUCACUACUGGCUUGGCAAUGAAUGCACCCAGGAUGAGAGCACAGCAGCUGUUAUAUUUACUGUCCAGCUGGAUGAAUACCUUGGUGGAAGCCCUGUUCAAUACAGAGAACUGCAAGGACAUGAGAGUACAGAGUUUCUUGGGCAUUUUAAAGAUGGGAUUAAGUACCAGGCAGGCGGUAUUGCGUCUGGAUUUCAGCAUGUGAUAACGAAUGACCUCAGUGCCCGGAGACUUCUCCAUAUAAAGGGAAGGAGAGUGGUCAGAGCUACAGAGGUGCCGCUUAGCUGGUCCAGCUUUAACAGCGGCGACUGCUUUAUCAUUGAUGUUGGACCUGAGAUUUACCAGUGGUGUGGGUCCAAAAGCAACAAGUAUGAACGUCUGAAGGCCGCUCAAGUUGCAACUUCUAUUCGUAACAAUGAGAGGCAAGGAAGGUCUAACCUGACUGUCGUAGAACAAUUCAGUGAACCUCCAUCUCUGAUGCAGAUUUUAGGUCCCAUGCCGGUGCUUCCUGAAGGGGAUGAUGAUACUGAUGUCACUGCCGACGUGACCAACAGGAAAAUGGCAAAACUGUACAUGGUAUCCGAUGCGAGCGGCACCAUGCAGACAACUUUGGUUUCUGAAGAAAAUCCCUUCUCCAUGCCCAUGCUUCUCUCUGAUGAGUGCUUCAUAUUGGACAGUUCUGAUAAGAAGAUCUUUGUUUGGAAAGGGAAGGGGGCCAAUGUUAAUGAGAAAAAGCAUGCAAUAAAAACUGCAGAGGAUUUUAUAAAGAAAAUGAAUUAUCCUGCUACCACACAGAUUAUCGUGUUGCCCGAAGGAGGAGAAACUCCAAUAUUUAAACAGUACUUUAAAGACUGGAAGGAUAAAGAGCAGAGCGAGGGAUUAGGGAAAGUGUUCACUAAGGAGCAGAUAGCGCAGAUCGAACAAAUUCCAUUUGAUGCUACUAAGCUGCACACGUCGGCUAGGAUGGCUGCCCAGCACAACAUGCUGGAUGAUGGAUCUGGUCAUGUAGAGAUAUGGAGAAUUGAAAAAAAUGCAAGAGUACCGUUAGAUCCCGAAACCUAUGGGCAAUUCUACGGCGGAGAUUGCUAUAUUAUCAUGUACACAACUUUGAAUGGACAGAAGAUUAUUUACACUUGGCAAGGAGCUAAUGCAGGAAAAGAUGAGCUGACAUACUCUGCCUUCCUCACGGUGCAGUUGGAUCGUUCCCUCAAAGCUGGUGCCACUCAGACAAGGGUACCACAAGGGAAAGAACCUGCCCAUUUGCUAAGUGUCUUCAAAGACAAGCCACUCAUUAUAUACAAAGAUGGCACAUCGAGAAAGGGAGUUCAGGCUCCCCCACGACCCAUACGCCUUUUUCAAGUACGAAAGAACUUAGGAUCUAUCACAAGAAUAGCUGAGGUUGAUGCAGAUGCAACAUCGUUGAACGCAAAUGAUGCUUUUGUAUUAAAAAUGCGAGACAACAGUGCCGUCAUGUGGAUAGGAAAAGGCGCAAAUGAAGAUGAAAUAGAGGGAGCGAAAUAUUUAGUCAAAGUUUUAAAUUUAAGAGCCAUUAAUAUUGCAGAAGGGGAAGAACCAGAUAUAUUCUGGACUACACUUGGAGGCAAAAAGACAUACCAAACUUCCCCUCUGCUUGAAACACGACUUGAGGAUCAUCCACCAAGACUGUUCGGUUGCUCAAAUAAAACAGGCCGGUUUGUGGUUGAAGAGGUUCCGGGGGAAUUUACUCAAGAAGACAUGGCAGAAGAUGAUGUGAUGAUGCUAGACACUUGGGAACAGAUAUUUUUAUGGAUUGGAAAAGAUGCAAAUGAAGUUGAAAAAAAAGAGUCAUUGGUGUCAGCCAAGAAAUAUCUGCAAACUGAUCCUUCUGGACGGGACAAAGACAUCCCUAUUACAACUGUGAAGCAAGGAAAUGAACCCCUGUCAUUCACUGGCUGGUUUUUAGCCUGGGAUUCUAAUAAAUGGCAGGAUUAAGACAAAGAUGUAUUUGGGUUCAAUGUUGCUCUAGGCACCCGGCUCUGACUGCCGUUCCCCUUGCCGAUUGGCAGUUUGGAAUGCACCGAUUAUCGAAGAGAGGAGUAGCUCUUCUUCCCCCGCAGCUAUCCUGUGUAAUGGCUGGCUGGGGGAAUUCAUUUUUUUAAAACUUUUUAUCUUUGAACAUAUAGCACUCAAGGACUGCCCCCUAAAGCUGCUGGUGAUAUCUAUCACCCCAAACAACCUUAAACUUUCCAUUUUUAUGAACUACUACUGACUAGUUAUUGGGCCCCACAGCAACAUCACUAGGCCCCUACAGUUAUGCAGUUUGUGUAACUUAUGCAAAAACUCAUGGAACUGCAAGUCAACCAAAGCACAUGUUUGUUUCUGUAUUUGGACUGGUGGAUGUAUUCUAUGUUUUGAUUGGUCUAAACCCCCUAUAGUUUGUACAGGGGUGUGACCACUAGCCUAUGAGUAAGGGCCCCUAUUAGUACAAAACUUGUUAAGCCACCUCCUAAAUAAAUAUUCAUUUUUAUUUCUACUUACUACUGCAUGUAUUCAACAAAGAUCUGACACUAGAAUUUGCAAUUAGUCUUCCUGUUGAUUUUUUUUUUUUUUUAAUAAUUUUUUUCCCUCUGCCACUUGUAACUUCUGGGAUGAAUAGUACAAGCCCAUAAAUGGGUUAAAGAUUAAAAAAAAAAAUAAUGGUAAAUAUUAACCUUCACAGAUCUAGUUUUAAGGUUGCUGGGAUCAGUGACUAUGACAUCCAAAGAGCAUUUUAGGAUGAAGGCUGCAAAAAUAUAAAAUAAAUGCACUAAUUCAAUAACCAUAAGAAAUAAAAAUGAAAUACCAUCUAAAAAAAUGAAUUAGAAUAGGCCUAUCUAUAAUAUACUCAAAGUUAAUUCAUUAAUUCAAAGGUGAUUUUGAAAACUGACCCACAGCUAUUAGCUCAAGUGACCCCACACUAAACAACCAAGUCACUGGGUUUCUAUUGUUCCCAGCCUGAAGCUGGGUUCAUGUGUGGAGCCGAAAUAUUUCUGAAGGAUAAAUACUUUGAUUCUAUUUAGUCAUAUUAAAGCUUAUUGCUUAAAAUGGAAAAUUCUGGAGUGGUCUAGGAAAAUCUUCCAAAAUGCAAUUACUUUGUGAGUUAUGCAGGAGAAAAGAGCCUAGCUCACAAAUAAUCAAUCCUGGGUCUUUGUUAAACAUUACGUCUUUUGUUGUGUUGUUUAAUAACACUAUCACACCCACUCAAGCAAAUCUGCCAAAAAAAAAAAGAAUCAUCAAAGGUAUACAGUUGUAGG